GUAAUAGUAUCGAGUAGAUAACAUAAUAUAUAUUAAACCUAUUUCCAUGAGUUCGCGUGCUGGCCGUUCACAAUCAUUUAGUAAAAUUGUCAAAAAUAUUCACCACUUAAUUAAAAAAAGUUUGCAUGUCACACCUGCCACCAAGGGGAAUAUUCCAGAGCUGAAAUAAUGUGGCUGAAGUUAGUUUGUAUCGUGGUAAUAGCGAGCGGCGUGGUGGCCAAGCAAGAUGAGCUACUGGACGAGUUGUACGGCGUGGAAGGACGGAACAGGAUGGCGAUAUGCGUACGCACUGGCGGCGGGCGCUGGCGGCACUGCGACGGCGCGCUGGUGAACCGCGAGUGGGUCGUGGCGCACGCGCGUUGCCUGGGCGCCGCGUCCAGCGCCGACAUGGCGGCCGAGCGCCUGUCGGCCGGCGGCACUUGCCAGCUCAUGGCCGCCGGCAACACAGGCCUGUACCGCUCGCGCGCCGUGCGCCACCACGUCAUGCAUCCUUGGUUCGACCUGGCAAUUGUGAUCAUGAAGACCCCGUACAACAACCUGGACCGACUAGCCAACGCUACUAGGACGCGCCUUAAGCUGCGACAACACGGGGUGUAUAAAUGGAUGAAGCAUUACUUUGAUGCAUUUGCAUUAACUCGCAAUUAUGACUACAACAUGAAAAGAAUUGCACGGAGUUUAAAAACCUACCACCAUCCAAUCUGGUACUUCUUAACAACAAUGGUGCUGCCGUCUGUGUUGUUCAUGUUGUUCUUUGUAUAUGUCACAUUCUACACUGGCAAAACACAGGAGGUCCCUUAUAAGCAGUUGCGCUAUCCUAAGAAAAUAACUCAUGUGUAGUAUUAGUUGUCUAUGAAUAAUAUACUCAAUAUGAUGGA